AGUUCCAAGAACAGUUAAAGAGCAUCAGAAGUUGAAGUCUUAAGUAUGGCUGCUAUGUUGUCAAGUGUUGUCACAACCAACACAGAGUUCCCCAACAGCAUUGGGUUUCUGGGGUCAGUAAAAGAAGGUGGCUGGUUUCAUGAUUCAAGGUCCAAUACUAGAGCUCUGUGUUCAGGAGUUAAUGGGAGAACAAAAGUCAAGAAAUCAAAAUUGAAUUUUUGCUUGGGUGGAUCAAAGAAUACUGGGAACUUCCCUGUUUUCUCAAGCUUGGUUGCAAACCCUGCUGGAGAAAUUGCAAUAUCAUCAAAGCAGAAGGUUUAUGGUAUGGUAAUUAAGCAGAUAGAUUUGUUUAACAAGCAGUUGCAGUCUAAACAGGCCCUUGAUGUGAAACCAGACAUAGUUGUUCCAGGAACUCUCAGCUUGUUGAAUGAAGCAUAUGAAAGAUGUCGACAAGUUUGUGCUGAGCAUUCGAAGACAUACUACUUGGGGACUCUGCUCAUGACCCCCGAGAGGCGAAAAGCUCUCUGGGCAAUCUCUAUGUGGUGCAGAAGGACAGAUGAACUUGUUGACGGGCACAACGCUUCACAUAUCACACUGACUGCUUUGGACAGGUGGGAAUCAAGAUUGGAUGAUAUUUUUGCUGGUCGUCCAUAUGAUAUACUGGAUGCAGCUUUGUCAGAUACAGUUGCAAAGUUUCCUGUUGACAUUCAGCCAUUCAAAGACAUGAUUGAAGGUAUGAGGAUGGACCUUUGGAAGUCCAGAUACAUGAACUUUGAUGAACUCUAUCUCUACUCUUACUAUGUAGCUGGGACUGUUGGAUUAAUGAGUGUCCCAGUUGUGGGCAUUGAUCCUAAGUCACAGGCAACAAUGGAGAGUGUGUAUAAUGCUGCCUUGGCAUUAGGAUUUGCAAAUCAGCUAACCAACAUACUCAGGGAUGUUGGAGAAGAUGCAAGAAAUGGGAGAGUCUAUCUACCACAAGAUGAACUAGCCCAGGCAGGGCUUUCAGAUAAAGACAUAUUUGCAGGGAAGGUAACACACAAAUGGAGGAAUUUCAUGAAAAGCCAGAUCAAGAGGGCACGAAUGUACUUCGAAGAAGCAGAGAAGGGAGUUACAGAGCUCAGCUCUGCAAGUAGAUGGCCGGUGUGGUCUUCUUUGCUAUUGUACCGUAAGAUACUGGAUGAAAUUGAAGCUAACGACUAUGACAACUUCACCAAGAAGGCAUAUGUUAGCAAAGCUAAGAAGAUAUUUGCUUUGCCUUCUGCAUAUGCCAGAUCGCUUGCUGGCCCAUCAAAAGCUGCAUCCACUCUAACAAAAGGAUGAUUA